AUGUCGGGCUCUUCUCUUCUCCUCGUCACCCUUCUGGGUCUCUCGGGUUUGGUGAACUCAGCGGAUAAUGAAACGAGGUUCUGUAAGCCGGCUCCGCGGUGGGCCAUCGGGGGUGAGGCGCCCAUGCUGCAAUCCUACGGCCAGGUCACUGUGGUCGCUCUCCUACAAGCCAGCUGCGGCUUCUGCCUCGUUCAGGCUGCAAAUAUGGGCCCGCUGCGUGACAAGCUGACCAAUCAGGGACUGACCAACAUCAGCUACAUCAUUGUGAAUGACCAGAGCUCCCUCUCCAGGAUUCUGUUCCCGAAGCUGGUGACACAAGCGCCCCCAGGGGUCCCCGUGUACCAGCAGCUGCCCGAGCAGGAAGAUGUGUGGGAGGUUCUGGAUGGAAGCAAGGACGACUUUCUCAUCUAUGACAGAUGUGGACGCCUCACCUUUCAUAUCCGGCUGCCUUACAGCUACCUCCACUUCCCCUUCGUAGAGGCGGCCAUUAACACCACUUACUAUGAAGACUCUUGCCAGAACUGCAGCUUCUACGCCAAUGUCACCUGGACCGCCAAGCAGAAUGACGUUUCCUCUAAGGAUCCCAUGACGGGGAAGAUGGAAAAGCCAGAAAAGGAUAAACCAAUCGGCAACAAAGGUGAUAAAUCUGGUGAGCACCACGGGCACAGCGAGGGCCCCGGGACAGGGGGACACAGGCCCCACCAUCCGUCCAAUCAUGAAGAAGUAACCGACAACAAUGCACAUCGCCCAAUCACAUCCAAAGGAAACACGGAUGAAAAGUCUAAUCGACCAAUCCACAAUCACGGACCACAAUCCUUUGCGGCUCAUAUUUAACCACUUCAGCUCUGGCGACUCGUACAAGUCCG